UCAAGAGAAAAGCAGCACAUUGCCGCCUGUAGCUAUCGUUUUUAUUGUUUUGAUAUGCGUGUUCGCAGUCGCCUGUGUUGUCAUUGGCGUUUAUACUGUCAUGCUUCGUUCUCGACCAGUGGUUAAAGCCAAAAUGAGUCAAGCAAAAUCGUUUUUUGGCACGCAAACAACGACAAUAUCAAGUGGCGAUCAGGCAAGCUGUGAGUUUCUACACAUGCCAGAUUUCAGUGCUUCUGGCAAGAAGUACUCCAGGGAUUAUCUUCAAGUUGCAACCAGAAAUUUCACUGAAGUCUUGGGAAAGGGAGGUUAUGGACCAGUAAGGUGCGAUCGUGACAUUGCGAGGUACAUUGGGAUCGUUUUUUCGGAGUCGGAAAUCAGAAAGAUGUACGGUGGUGGGCAGAAUCAGUACGAGGGGGGGCAGAAUCAACAGGGUCCGUCGAACACCUACGGGAGCCAGGGUGGAAACAACGGGAGUGGAUAUGGUAGGAAUGGUAGUAACGGAUUUGGCGGGACAGGUAAUAACGGAGGUACCAACGGGAGACCUUACAUAAUUUGCUAUACAUGUGGGAAGCCCGGCCACUAUUCAAGGGAUUGCUGGACGAAGCGAGGACGUAACGACGACAACGAGAUGGACGAGAUGCGACAGCACUUCAGGAUGAUCAUACAGGAGAAACGUGAAACCGAGGAACGCAGAAGAGAGGAGGAACAGCGGAGGAUCCAAGAAGAGAACGAGAAAAGAUGGGAGCAUGGUUUUAUUAGAAGAACCGAGGAGAUGCACCUUCAGUUGGAAGCGGGGAUGGAAGAGAAAUGGAGGAAGCAGAACAAGAGGGUGGAAGAAGAGGCCGCUACAGCGAAAGCCAAGGCGGAGGAAGCGAGGGCAAAAGCGGAGGAGGCGAAGCAAAAGGCCGAAGAGGCUCGCGUUAAAGCCGAAGAGGCACGAAUGAGGAGCACGGUCCGGAUCAACACGCCAGUACGAUCGACGAAGAAGCGGGGCCGAUCACCAUCAUCUUCAUCUGAAUCAGACGACGAAAUGCUGGAAGAUUCGGAGACAGAUACGACUGAUUCGGAAGAAGAGCUUCGGAGAGCGAUUCUAAAGAUUAAGAGGAAAAAGGCACGGAAGGCUAGACGUAAUGCGAAGGGAAAGAAACCGGUGACUACGGAAAAGAAGAAUACUAUGGAGAAGAAGAAGAACACUCACACAAAACGGGGGGCGAGUUCCAGGGCAAGGCAGAAGUCGAGGUGUAACUAUGAAGAGGGCGAUGACGUGCUUAGAAACGCCAACGAUGUAGGAGCGGGGUUCGAAGAGGAUCGAAAUUUUCGAGGGAUGGGAUCUGAGGAAGCUCGUAACGGCAAGWGUAGCGAUCUCCUGGGAGAGGUCGAAAGGGUGAUCACGUCGACAACGGUACUGCUGGCGAUGARAGGGCAGAUUCCAUGGCUUCAGAAGUAUAUGGCUCGUUUCGAUAUUUCGCCGGAGAUGCUUGAUUUGAAGCAAGCUGGGGUUUAUGUGAUCGCAAGCCCGUGGUCAAAGAAGACGUUCGUUGGAAGUACGGUGAGGUCUGUGAUGCAGCGUUGGCAAGAACAUAUGACUAUAGCAAGUUCUGAAGCCAUUGGCAACUCGCCGAAGUUGUACCGCUGGAUAAGACGCUCGGGCGUGGGAAAUUUUGUUAUUAUUCCGCUAAGACAUGCAAACGAAGCGGACGAUAGAGCGUUCGAGCUGCAUCUCAUCCGUGACUUCUCACCUGGUUUGAAUACGUGUAACACGAAAGGAAGUGAAGUAGGAAUGAGAAGUCGCAAGAGGAAGGGAAGGAGAGAGAGGAAGAGAUUGAGGCAUGGACCAACGACAGUGAGAGUCCCUGUCAGCUUUACACCAGGAGGAUGUGAGACUGCAAGGACAUCGUUUCUGGCGUGGCUGGAUGAGGUGUGGAAGGAAGACGCGAAGGUACAGAGGACGAUAGUGUUCCAGGGUGGAGAAAUAUGGACAGACGGGUGGAAGAAGAUCAAAAACUUGUUUGGAAGGACGAAGGUCAGAAUCGACGGAAGGCUGAAGAAACUGGCUACCGCGAAGGGAGAGCUGCAGAGAGGGACGGUGUGCACAUUACUGGGGAUCACCAGAACACCUACGACGACUUCAAAGAGGCUACAGGAGCUACGGGACAUGCUAAAGAAACCUUUUUUGUUUAAAGGUUUGGCGGCACGUUCCACGAAUCAGCUGGUUGGUUUGUAUCGUACCGCAGGGUUUUUUGGUGACAAGAAGACGAAGAAUGAUCUACGUUUGAAGAUCGAUCGUGCCAUUCGGAAGAAGACAAGGAUGGGUGUAAGAAAGAGAGUGCAAGUGAAGGUGUUAUAUGACCGACGGAUCGUGAAGAGAAGAAUUAGGGAGACGACUGAAGAGGUGGUGACUAAGUGCGUAGCAGACCAAGCUAUUGCGAAUUUGAUUAAGAGCAGGAUUCGGGUUACUUGGUGUCGGAACAGGACCGUCGGGGAGAUUAUUCAUAAUCACCGGAGACAUGCGAAUGUUAGUGAGAAGACCUGCGUAUGUCAGGGCUUGGACCUGCCCAUCCAUGAGGGACACGUUAUGACACGUUUCUCGGAUUUGCCAGAUAUCCCAGCAUUUGUCAGAAAUGCUAAAAACGUGACGUGUCACGCAGAGACAAAGAGCAGCGGGUAUUUCGUGAAUGCGAUCGUGGAGGCUACAAGGCAUUUGAAGAGCUGCGAGGGGGACGUGCGGAUACCUGCAGGUGGCUUCUUGAAUGGACAGGAUGAGGACGGUGGAAGAGAGACAUGGGAAGAUGUGACUGUCGCAAAAUGGUGUAGGAGAUUUCAAGGGCUCGUGCUUGCCCCGAUCGAUCGGAACCAAGGCGAUACUGCAGUCGUGUGCCCGGUGCUGUACAGGCACGCUUUCGGUAAGAUGUUUUCGUGGAACGCUGACUAUGCCAAGGUUCCGUACGAGGAGAAGGAAGUGAUUCGGCAAGCGAAGCAGGAUUUCGAAGGGGAAGGCCUGCUGAAAGUGGCGGAAUGGAAGACUGAUGGCCGGAUUGGUAAGGCCUACGUGAUUCCGAAAGAUAAGGAUCUCACACGAUGGAGACCUAUAGCGCCUGCAACCAAUGACCCGGCGGGACUGGCUCAGAGGAGGGUAGGGAGGAGUCUGCACUAUCUCAUGAAGAUGUUUCCAACCGAACAGUCGUUCUUCUUGAAUUCCAUACAAGAAUUGCCAGAGCGGCUUCGGACUGCAACAAAGAGGCUUACUACGGAGCAAUGUGAAGGAGCCAAAGGCCGAUGUUAUGACAUUAAGGACAUGUUUACUAAGAUCACGCAUACCGAAGUGAGGAGAGCAGUCUGGGAGCUUUUGAGCUGGUAUGCAAACAGGGGCUGGAAGCAAGUGAAGGUAUCAAGGAGGGGUAAGAUGUGUACUCUCAGCAAGACCCAGCGGACAACGGACGGGUAUGUUGGUAUCAGUUUUGAGAUAAUGUACAAGAUGGUGAACUACGAUUUGGAGCAUGCGUUCAUUACAUGCGGUGACGAGAUCAGACGCCAGGUGUCGGGGAUCCCUAUGGGGAAGUCCACCAGCCCCAUACUGGCAACCAUUACUUGUGCCAUGGCUGAGUACCACUUUCUGGCAGGGAUGGGGACGGACCGGAGGUUGGUCGCAGGCUGGAGGAUUGUUGACGAUAUCACGUUGAUCGUGGGGGAACGGCAGAGAGAGGGUUUGGAACGAUGCAGUGAUGUAUUCCGGACUUUUGAAGAAAUCUAUGACAGCAAUCUGCAUUUGGUCAGGAAGGAUGAUUCAAAGGACUACUGGAAAUUCCUCGGGGGUACCAUGUACCUCUUGGAGGGUCCUCUGCGUGUACUGUACGUGCCUGAGACGAAGAAUCUGAUCUCACUUAGGAAGGAGGCAAAGCUCACGUACCAGACGAUGCAGGAUUACARUUCAUAUUCGGAGAAGAAGACAAAAAAGUCAGCUUUGGCUGGGACUUUGAAGAGACUGUGGACGUCAACCUCRAGUCAGGCUCUGGUCAUCGGAUCCAUCGCUUAUGCGGCCAUGUUUCCAAAUGGCGUGAUGGCUGCCGUCAAAGUCCAGGACCAGAAGACAAUGCAAGGCGAUCAUCAGUUCGUAACGGAGAUUGAGGUAAGUUGGGGAACUAGGGAUCGAGCCCUGGGAACAUCCAUACUGUACACAGGAUAUUUAGAUCCGGAGUACUUCUACUCACAGAGGUUGACCAUCAAAAGUGAUGUCUACAGUUUUGGUGUCCUCGUACUGGAGCUGUUGACAGGCUUGAAUCCAUGCAAGAAAGGUGUAAACUUGCCUGAAAUGGUAUGGCCAGGGUCACAUCCUGAGAGCUUAACAUGGCCGAUGCGAAUGAAAAUUAUACUUGAUGUGUCAGAGGGGAUGAAAUACCUUCACUGUGAUGCCCAACCCCCAGUGAUUCAUAGGGAUAUCAAAUCCGCAAACAUACUGCUGGAUGAGCACUUCAAUGCUUUCAUUGCGGAUUUUGGAAUCAGUAGGUCGGGUCCAGUAACUGAAGAUUGCGAUGUUAAGACGAUGGGGAUCACGUCCAUGGUCAAGGGCACACCUGGAUAUUUAGAUCCGGAGUACUUCUACUCACAGAGGUUGACCAUCAAAAGUGAUGUCUACAGUUUUGGUGUCCUCGUACUGGAGCUGUUGACAGGCUUGAAUCCAUGCAAGAAAGGUGUAAACUUGCCUGAAAUGCGCCCCAGAGCGCAGGCACGAACGCAUAUCUCACGGGAUCGUCCGAAGCUGCAAUACUCCGGCAAAGGACGGCAAGAGGUUUGUCAGGUAUUUGGAACUACCUCGAGCGACGAGCCUCGCACGACAGGUCUUCAACUAGGGCUGGGUCUGCCUCAGCCAGUCCUGGUGCCUGUAGUCGAACACCGUGGCGAUCGUGUGCUGGACUGGUGGAUGUCAACAACGUAGAAGGCCGAGUGCUCAGACGGAGGAACCGGGGGUAGUGGUUCGCCAGGGGAAAGAAUAUUGAGGUGAAAGUGAGAGAGAGAAGGGCUUCCUGAGGAGGUCGGGUGCAGAACACAGGUCUAGGCGAGGUGCAUCUCAGAGGUAGUGAUGGAUCAAGCUUUGAACUUCAGACAUGAAAAUGAAUCAUUCAGUUCAGUGACACCCAACUUCAGCGUAAUGGAGCUUUCAUGGGCUGCAAACGAAGAGAGACUCAGAACGUGCUCGCAGUAGCACUAUCGUAAAACGUAUCCGACGGCAUUUACGGACGGACCUGUAUGCAUGUGGCCGCAAUUCCUUCCAGAAACAAUUAAAAAAGUGCUAGUGUGAGUAUCCUCAUGCAGUAAAAACUCCUACACCUG